AUGCCGAGCGGCACCGCCGCGGCGGCCGCCUCGCCUUCCCAGCCGCUCCCAUUGCUACCGGCGCUGGGCUCUGUCCUGCUCUCGCCCUCCUUCGAUGGGAAGGAGGCGGCGGCGGCGGCGGGAGCGCUCUGCGGCGCGGACGAUCCUCAGGGCAUGAUGGCGGCGAUGCUGUCCCACGCCUACGGCGGCGGCGGAGGCCUGGGCGGCGGCGGAGGGGCAGCGGGCCUGAACGGCGAGCAGGCGGCGCUGCUCCGCCGAAAGAGUGUCAACACCACCGAGUGCGUGCCCGUGCCCAGCUCCGAGCAUGUCGCCGAGAUCGUGGGCCGUCAGGGUUGCAAAAUCAAAGCACUAAGGGCCAAGACCAACACCUACAUCAAGACCCCUGUGCGUGGAGAGGAGCCCAUCUUCGUCGUCACGGGGCGGAAGGAGGACGUGGCCAUGGCCAAGAGGGAAAUCCUCUCUGCCGCUGAGCACUUCUCCAUGAUCCGAGCCUCGCGCAACAAGAACGGGGCCAUGCUGGCCGGCUUGCCCUGCACCCCCAACCUGCCGGGGCAGACCACGGUCCAAGUCAGGGUGCCUUACCGCGUGGUCGGGCUGGUGGUGGGGCCCAAGGGGGCCACCAUCAAGCGGAUCCAGCAGCAGACCCACACCUACAUCGUGACCCCCAGCAGGGACAAGGAGCCCAUCUUCGAGGUGACGGGGAUGCCCGAGAACGUGGACCGGGCGCGGGAGGAGAUCGAGAUGCACAUCGCCAUGCGUACCGGCAGCUACCUGGAGCUCAGCGAGGAGAACGACUUCCACCACAACGGCACCGACGUCGGCUUCGAGGCGGCCGCCCCCGCCGCCGCCUGGUUCCCCGCCAACCCCCUCCCUCCCGGCCGUGCCAGGAUGGUCUCCAGCUACCGAAACGACAGCUCCAGCUCCCUGGGCAGCGGCUCCACCGACUCCUAUUUCGGAAGCAAUAGAUUGGCCGACUUCAGCCCCACCAGUCCCUUCGGGGCGGGCGGCUUCUGGUUCGGAGAGUCGCUGCCGGCGGUGGGGGCGGAAGACUUGGGGGUCGACCCUCCUGCCUACGACUCCUUGCCCCCCGCGCCCUCCCAAACCAUCUGGACCCCUUUGGAAGCUGUCAACCACCUCCCCAGCUUGGGAGGAGGCAGCGGCGGUGACCCUGCCAAGCCUCAGCAGCGAGGGAGCAGCCACCCCUCCACCCCUCGCGUCUCACCCAUCUUCCUGGAAAGCUUGGAUCACCCUCUGGCCAGGAGAGCCAGGAGCGACCCGCCGGGCGGGGGCGCUCACCCGGCCGGCCUCCCCAUCUACAUCCCUGCCUUCUCCAACGGUACCAACAGCUACUCCUCUUCCAACGGGGGCUCCACCUCCAGCUCCCCCCCGGAGUCGAGGCGGAAGCACGACUGCGUCAUCUGCUUCGAGCGGGAGGUGGUCGCCGCCCUGGUGCCCUGCGGCCACAACCUCUUCUGCAUGGAGUGUGCCAACAGAAUCUGCCAGAAGGAGGCACCGGCCUGCCCCGUCUGCCAGACAGCUGUCACUCAGGCAAUCCAAAUCCACUCUUAA